UUUUUGUACUUUCUUAUAGAAUAGUUUGUGGCUGUAAGUUGCGAAGUAAUUCGCGCCAAUAGCGAGUAUGUAUUCGCGGCGGGUAGCGCACGCGCGACGCCACUCCGCACGCCGCCGCCGCCGCGGCCGCUCACGCCUCACGAAUACAUCGCAGAUCGCGAUCGCGAUACCUCGCUACUUACGAAACAUUGUCGUGCUACAAUGCUGGCUCCAUGGCCGCUGUGAGACGUGCGAGUGCGAGCGCGGCGCGUGCCGGCCGAGUGCGGUGAGCGCGCGAUGCGCGUGCCCGUGCGUGCUCGCGUCCCCGUCGCGCGAUGAGCGCGCCCCGCGCCACGCGCUGUUUGCACGCGCAAAAAGUUUUUCUGCUGCUGGUACAAGUUCUACCAUUCGCGAUUGCACAGCACGAGCGAACCACCAUCGACCGCCUGGAGAACGUGACGCACACCGUCACGCGGAUACUCGACGGCUACGACAUACGACUGCGCCCUAACUUUGGUGGAGACCCGCUGUAUGUUGGCAUGGAUCUCACUAUUGCUAGUUUUGAUGCAAUAUCAGAAGUGAAUAUGGAUUACACAAUAACCCUUUAUCUGAAUCAAUACUGGAAGGAUGAAAGGCUGGCCUUCGGUCUUCCGGACGAGGUGUUGACGCUCUCAGGAGAUUUCGCCGAUAAAAUUUGGGUUCCCGAUACAUUUUUCGCUAAUGACAAAAAUAGUUUCCUGCACGACGUGACGGAGCGCAACAAGCUGGUGCGACUGGGCGGCGACGGCAGCAUCACGUACGGCAUGCGGUUCACCGCCACGCUGGCCUGCAUGAUGGACCUCCACUACUACCCGCUCGACAGCCAGAACUGCACCGUCGAGAUUGAAAGCUAUGGAUACACGGUGUCAGACGUAGUGAUGUACUGGAAGGAGACGCCCGUCAGAGGCGUGGAAGACGCUGAGUUGCCUCAGUUUACUAUACUAGGACACGAGACUAAUGAUAGAAAGGAGAAGUUGGCGACGGGCGUCUACCAACGGUUGUCGCUCAGUUUCAAACUGCGCAGGAAUAUCGGCUACUUCGUGUUCCAGACGUACCUGCCCAGUAUACUUAUUGUGAUGCUGUCCUGGGUCUCUUUCUGGAUUAAUCAUGAAGCUACGUCUGCUAGAGUGGCAUUAGGUAUCACAACGGUACUCACAAUGACCACCAUAAGCACAGGAGUGCGCAGCAGCUUACCCCGCAUAUCGUACGUGAAGGCCAUCGACAUCUACCUGGUGAUGUGCUUCGUGUUCGUCUUCGCGGCUCUGCUGGAGUAUGCAGCUGUCAACUAUACGUACUGGGGGGCACGGGCCAGGAAGCGAGCGAAGUUAAAGAACAGGGACCAGAUGUCCACUAGCGCCAGUGUUGAGAAGGAAUUGAAAAGUUCUGGAGGUUCGCGUUCCCCUGAAGAGAUAAUCGCGCUCCGUGAGUGCGCGGCCAGCACGGGGCGCGUGUCACCCCUGCUGGGGCUGCGCUCGAAGCCUCUGCCAGCCGCCACCGGAGCCCCGCCGUCCUUGCGACUACAACGCGACCACACGCAGCUGCGGUAUCGGACGAGGCCGCAUUCUAGGAACUCCAGAAACGGAUCAACGGGAAAGCCGAAAGUGAUGCACGCCCUCCGGCGCGGAGCCACCGUCAUCAAAGCGUCUAUGCCCAAGAUUCGUGAUGUCAACGUCAUAGACACGUACUCACGAGUCGUGUUCCCCGUCUGUUUCCUCCUCUUCAACGCCGUCUACUGGGUCUUUUAUAUUUUCGAUUGAAUUUUCAAAAAAAGAAUGUGUUUUAACUACCAAUAAAGAUAUUGUCACCCUACUUGUAACUAAUGUAAACGAAUUUAUGGGAUAUGAAGUUAUUAAUUUUACGUAUACGUGGAAUUUACUUGUAGAAAAAUUAUGAGAAUGAAUGUUAAUAUUUUUGAUGUCAAUUAUUUUUAUUAAGUCCUUUUCUUGAUUUGAAGAGAAUUAUUAAAAUGUCAUCUGUAGUUUCAGUGUUAUAUCUAAAUGGACUGGCAACAAGCCGGGACUGCGCUAGGAAGAAGAAGAACUCCUAGAUCUGAACAAUAAAUAUUUGAUGAGCACUGGCGACAAAAACAUACCUACAUAUUGUCCUACUUAACUGCAGAUUGAUCGGAAAUUAAUUAUACCCCAGCCUGGAAAGCAUAGCUGACCUGUGCAAUGUCAUUGUUCGUUUGUUUUCGUAUACUUGUGCGCAUAUUGACGUGCAUCGAUUUGAAAAUGAAUUAAAUAGUAGUUUUGAAUGUAAUUAGAAUAGAACGUCUCAAUUUAUUAUAAAGAAACUGCCAAUUUAUGUCUAUAAGAGAAAACUAUAUGAAUUACCGUUGUUUUUAUGUGCUUGGAAGACAAAAGUAUUAAAGAUGGAAAAGCAAUAUUUUUCCUCCGCCAACUUAACGAACUAAAACAUAAAUUAAGAUAAGUGUCGUUAAAGUAUUUCGGUGUCAAAUUAGAUAAGUCAAUAAAAAAAACUUAAUUUCCUAAUUCAAUUCUUUUUAGGAUAAUAAAUGUAAAAUAGCCAUUUCCGAAAUCGUUGUACAUAAAUUAAAUAUAGAUUAAACGUGGUAAAUUAUGUAGUAGUAACAUUGAUGUUUAUAUUAGAGAUA